AUGUUAAAUAACAAACUGAAGCUGAACAGUGGGAAGACUGAAAUUAUAGUUUUUUCAUCCUCCUAUCGCCCACGUCCUGCGUUAAAAAACCUGGUGAUUGCCUCUGACACUGUUGACUGUUCAACUACUGCUAUAAAUAUUGGUGUUAUUUUUUAAUAACUCUCUAUCGAUGUUGCCGCACGUUACUGCUGUUUGCAAGUCUUCGUUUUUUCAUUUACGCAACAUUUUUAAGAUUCGCAAGUUUCUUUCUUACGAUACAUGUAAAACUCUAAUUCAUGCCUUUGUUACUGCAAGGAUCCACUAUUGUAACUCAUUACUUUACGGUCAGCCUAAAUGUAUCUUGAAACGUUUA